AUGGAGCAGGAGGCUGAAGCGUCUCAUCAGUACGGAUCACUGGGGCGCACUGCAUGGAGCAAGGAAAACAACACUGCUGAGGAGGAUGUGGUGUCCAUGGCUGACUCCACUGUGACUGUCGAUGACAUCGAAGGAGAGCUGUUGCUUGCAUGUCCUUCCAGGAUGGAUGACAUUCAGCUGUGCAAGGAAAUUACUCGCUUGAGGAAAGAGUUGCAAAAAUUAGUAUCCAUACCAGAUAAUGAUAAAUGCAACGAGGAUCGUCAGAAGGAAGAGGAGCUUCUGCUGCAGAUCCAUAAACUAGUGGAAACCAGAGACUUUCUGGUGGAUGAUGUAGAGUUUGAGCGACUCAGGGAAAAGGAAGAGGACAAAGAAAUGGCAGAUUACCUCAAAUCUAAAUUCACAGCCAGAAUUACCAGAACAGGUAUACCAAGACGUUAUAUGUCGAAAAGGGUGCAACAAUCUUCCUCUCCUUUCAACGUGUACGCAGCACGUCACGACUUUCCCGGAUGCACAAACACGAACAUGGAUGGUUUAGAAAUGGAAAUGCCGAUCAAGAAUGAAUUUCCCCUCACAAGCCUUUCUACAACACAGAGAAAGCGGCAGGUUCGAUUCUCUGCACGACACGAUAUUCUUCUUCUCAGAGAAGUGAUUGCCCAGAAUCCCUUUACUUCAAAAGAGUCAGGAAGAAUUUGGGCCAGAGUGGGAGAAAUCAUUACUGAUACUCUUCAAGAUGAGAAUUUUGAAGUAGAUGCCAGGAGGUGCAGAGAGAGGACCAUGCUGCUGCUGGAUUACUACAGAAAGCAAGACUUCCCCAGCCUUCGCAGGUUUGGCACUGAGAGGCUGUAUGCUCAAAAAGAAGAUCUAUUACAUGAGGUCCUAGAGCUGGAGGCAGAUAGGGGAAAUGUGAUCAAUGGAGACAAUGGAAAAUAUCAGGACGACGAGUUGAGCAAGAGAGCAAUAGAAGAACUUAGGCUGCUGGAGCAAGAGAAACCUGCAAUGAUGCACACAACUCACACACAUGCAGAGGAGGAACGGGAUGAUUUAGCAGACUUUUGUGCCGCCCCCACAGCCAAGCGGCCUUGUCAGUGCUGCUGUCAAACCUAUUCCGAGAUCCUCAGCUUUCUGGAGAAACGCUCCGAGUCCGAGCAGCGGCUGCGAGAGGAAGAGUUUGCCCUGCGCAGGGAGGAGCUGGAAAUUCAGAGGAAUAAGAUCGCUUUAGAGAGAGAACGCCUGGAAUCAGAAAGGAGGGAACGAGAGCGCCGGUUUGAGUUGGAGAGCCAAGAGAGACAGGUUAUUCUGGAUCUGCUCAAGGAGAAGGUGCUCAAGAGUUAA